UGUGGGCAAGUGUGAGGGGCUCCGCACGUGGGGUUGGGGCUGGAAGCCGGCAGGAGGGCUGAGCGUGGGUUUGGUUCAGUGUGUCGUGCGUGGGGGUGGUGUGUAAGCGUCGUCUCCUUGGGGUUUGAGCAGGGGAGAAAUCAAUGUGGUCAUUAGUCGUGGAAAGAAUUCCACCGAGGGUGCCAGGACCAGCGUGCGUGGAAGCCCAUCCGAUGGUACCUCACAGGGACUAGGAGAGACGAGCCUGGUCGGACAGUGAGAAUAUGAACCUCUUACCUAAGAGCUCCAAGGAGUUUGGCUCCGUGGACUAUUGGGAGAAGUUCUUUCAGCAGCGAGGAAAGAAAGCUUUCGAGUGGUACGGAACCUACCUGGAACUGUGCGGCGUGCUGCACAAAUACAUCAAACCCAGGGAGAAGAGAUGGUGACAUUGGGACAGAGUUUUGAAGGAUCAGUGGGCUUCAAGAGGCUGAUCACCGUGGCCCUUCACCGAGGUCAGCAGUACGAAAGCAUGGACAGCAUCCAGGCCGAGCUGUCAGCCAGAGUCCUGGAGCUGGCCCCUGCCGGGAUGCCCACCCAGCAGCAGAGACCCCACUGGCAUUGUUGGUGGUAGGCCUGGGCGGGGGCAGCCUCCCCCUGUUUGUCCACGAUCAUUUCCCGAAGUCCUGCAUUGAUGCUGUGGAGAUCGACCCCUCCAUGUUGGAAGUGGCCACCCAGUGGUUUGGCUUCUCCCAGAGCGACCGGAUGAAGGUCCACAUUGCAGAUGGCCUGGACUAUAUUACCAGCCUGGCAGGAAGAGAAGUGCGGCCCCACUACAGCGUCAUCAUGUUUGACGUAGACAGUAAGGACCCAACACUGGGGAUGAGUUGUCCGCCGCCGGCUUUUGUGGACCAGCCUUUCCUGCAGAAGGUCAAAAGCAUCUUGACUCCUGAAGGUGGCGAAUACUUGUUCUGCUGGGAAACAGAGAAGUACCUCUUGAGUAAAAAAUAUGCCUCCCAAGUUCAAGCGCCACCUAAAUGACGAUGAUGUCACUGGUUCUGUGAAAAGUGAAAGGAGAAAUCUUUUGGAAGAUGAUUCAGAUGAAGAAGAAGACUUUUUUCUAAGGGGACCAUCUGGACCAAGAUUUGGACCUAGAAAUGAUAAAAUUAAGCAUGUUCAGAAUCAGGUGGAUGAAGUUAUUGAUGUCAUGCAAGAAAAUAUUACAAAGGUAAUUGAAAGAGGGGAGAGACUAGAUGAACUACAGGACAAAUCAGAAAGCUUAUCGGAUAAUGCAACUGCUUUUAGCAACAGAUCGAAACAACUUCGAAGGCAAAUGUGGUGGCGUGGAUGCAGAAUAAAAGCCAUCAUGGCUUUGGUUGCUGUUACCCUUUUGCUAGUGAUUAUCAUUCUUAUAGUCAUGAAAUACCGUACUUGAUUUGGUGACAGAGAUCUUCAUUACGCAAGAUCUGGGACAACAAUAAUAAAACAUUGCUGCAUAAUUUAAAUGAAACCCAUGUAUAUAACUUUCAAAACUUCUUUUUCAAGAAACUAAGAGGCAAGUAUCACUUCAAAUUGGAGCAUUGAGAAUGUCCAGUUAUCUUCUUCCCUUCUAACAAAAUGUGUCUUUAAAAAUUAUGUUUAAGGCAAAGGUAGCCUCUAUUUUGCCAUAUUCCAAGGAUCUAAUUUGAAACCGGAUACUUGCCAGUUUAUUGUUUGUAUACAUAAUUAAACAGUGAUGACGAUACUGCAGACUGUUAGUAGAAGGACCUGCAUUAUCGCAUCGACCUGGGGUCAGACCAGGAGUCCAGAAAGAAGCCCAUGGAGAGCACCAGAUCAUUGUGCUAAGACACGCACCGUCGUUCCAUCGGUAUUUGCAAGAUUCUUCCCACAUUACAGUUGCUUUGCGAGCAAUUUCCACGUUUAUGGGCGUAACAGAAGCUAAAUGUUGUAAAUGUUGCUGCCUUCAGCUAUAACUAAAACAUUCCAGUAAACCUAUUUUUGACUGUAUAAGGGAAUGUGUAGUAAUUUUUUGGCAUUUGGAUUAUGGAACUGGAAAAUUUAAACAAUAUGAAAAGCAUAGUAUGGCACCAUAAAGCUGGAGAUAAUAAAAUUCUUGGAGAACAUCAUUGGAGUGUUUGAACAUGAAUAGCAUGGUUCAGGCUGUUUCCAGUUAGCCUGCAAUAAGGAGGGACAAUCCUAAUGUGAGUAAACGAAAUCCACAGGUAACUUAUUCCUUAAUUUUGUUUUCUUUGAUAGCUUCCCUCUUUAGUCCUUCUGCCAGAAGUGCUAAAAGUAGCAAAAUCGUCUUAGAAUUUGCUACUUUUGCAUUCCUGAUCAUCCCCUGAGAGAUGCAUGUUGUACAAUCAAGUGUCAAAUUAGUCACCAGUAAUGAUUAUAAAAAGCCAGGAGAGAGUUAUCUAUCAGUCACUAACCUAAUAGCUAGAGUCAUCAUUAAUCUAAGACUGUUUUUACAGCAAUAAACUGUAUUGUUAGCUUUAAAAUGUGCCAACAAGUCAAAGUGAAAAUACAUAGUUCUCUAUCAGGGAGGAAGCUUUAUCAUAACAUUAGAGGUUCUGCAGACACUGGUGCACAUGGAUAUGUUGACUGUAUGUAUGUAACUAAAUCUGAGAUAGGGUUAAUAGAAGAAGCAGUAUUUAGGAAAGAAAAAUGGUCCUGUGUAGGUUUUAUUUCUUUGGUCAUUUUAAUUCAGGAUGUAUGAAACACAGAAUCUGUUUUUGUUUUAAUUCUAUAGGCUCAGUACUAAGAGGCAAAAUGUUCUGUUUAAAUGGAAAGAAAUAUGAAGGGAGGAAGCAUAUUAGGAGAUACUCAAGGGGCACCCGAGUGGCUCAGUCGGUUAAGCGUCCAACUCGAUUUCAGCUCGGUCCUGAUCUCACAGUCAGGAGAUGGAGCCCCGCGUUGGGCUCUGCACUCACAUCACAGAGCCUGCUUGGGAUCCUCUCUCUCUCUCUGUCCCUUUUUUGCACACACACUCUCUUUCUCACAAAAUAAACACUAAGACAAGGACAACAAAAAAGAGAUACUCAAGACACCUACAAGUUACAAAGAUGUAAAUAUAAUCACUAAAUUUUAUAGUCCAGUAAGAAUAUUUUAAAAAAGGUAAAAGUCUUACAUACUAUAGGGUACUGUCACUGGUCUCUCUUUGUAAAUGUUAAUUAAUGUAAAUAACAUAAAUACUAAAUCCUUUAAUAAAAAUGAGCAUCUUAGAAUUUUAGUAGCUAAUAUAGUUCAGGAAUGGAAAUGUUUUAACAGAGUGGACAGAAUCAUUCCUAACAUAUGUAUGUGUCUCUUUGGGAUUGGAACUAGAUUCAUCAGUGGUUAAUUUUCCAUUGGUAGGUGUAGAAAUCUGAUUUCUAUGUGAUUAUUUCUCAAAAAGAAUCCACAUCUCCAGUGUUUUCUUUUAAUAAAGUAUGCCACUCUUAAAUAUAAAAAAUAAAAUUAUAAAACUAUUUUAAAAAAUUUUAACCUUAGAGGAUUUAUGUAAUAGCGUAUAUAUUCUCUAUGUAUUUAAAUAUGUUGCUGCCGAAAAUACUGGUGGCAGGUGUGUCGCUCUCCAUACUAGUGGUGGCCUGGUUCACAGUUUACCAUUUGCUUCCUUGGUCCUGAUUAAUCCUGAGACUCUGAAAAUAGCUGGCAUGUUUAUGACUUUAUUGUGGUAAUCUUAGACAUGUGAACCUUUUUAAAAUCAAAAACAGAAGAGAAAUAUGUUGUUCAAAUUGAUGCCAGACCUGCCUGCCUUUCUUCCCUUAAUCAUUCUUUUUCUCAUUCAGCUCAGAUCAUCCUGCACUUGAAAAAUGCAGUUUUACCACUAUCAAAACUAUCAUUAUUUAACAGCAACAAAAAUCAACAGAAAAAUUCAGGUAGCUUAAUAAAUACUAGUUGAUACCUAGUGAAAUCAGGUCAUUAUUUUUAUAAUGCCUGAAUCAUACCCUCAUGAUUUACGUGUAAUUAGCAAAGUCUAUCGCCCAGAAGCAAUUUCAUGAUUGUAAUACUGAUUAACUCCCUCUGAUUAUAACCCAGUGUUACCUGUGGUCUUUGGCUUCUCUAUACUGAUAAAGCUCACUGGAAGUUGCACUUAGAGUUCAUGAACUUGGGGGUUCCUUGAUGAGAAGAAAGUUGAAUAUUGGAAAUGGAACAUUACCUAAAAUGGAGGAAGAAAAAUUAGUAUACAUCAGAUAUAGAAAUACAUUGUGUUAGCUCUCCUGUGGACCACUUGUUACAUUCUUACUGUACAAUCACUCUGCAUUAGAAAAUCAUUUUUAUAGCAAAAAUUGACAUCUUUCAAUUCUGUAUAGCAUAUGGAUUUCCUGAAAAUUAUACUUGUAUAGAUUAAGGAAGCCAGAAUAAAAAGAAAUAGAAAUUUCUCACUGUCAGUACACUCUUCAACAUGGUUGAUGCUUUGUCAGUGUUGUUGCCCACACUUAACUCUACAUCUGUAUGUGUAUACACUGAUUAGAAGAUAUGCACGAAAUAGGGGUGCCUGGGUGGCUUAGUCUGUUAAACGUCCGACUUCGGCUCAGGUCCUGAUCGCACAGUUCAUGAGUUUGAGACCCACGUCGGGCUCUGUGCUGACAGCUCGAGCCUGGAGCCUGCUUUGGAUUCUGUGUCUCCCCCUCUCUCUGCCCCUCCCCCACUCAUGCUCUGUCUCUCUCAAAAAUAACCACUAUUUUUUUAAGAAAGAUAUUCAAGAAAUAGUUUUUCAUGUUGAGAAGGGAUGCUGUUAGAAGCGGUCCUUAAUUGUAUGGAGUCAGAGUAUCACUAGGUCAAGGAGAGCUACCUGCUGUUUUACUAGUCUAAUUUUGUGUUUUGACAUGGAGAUGUGAUUGAAGUCCGUUUUUCUGCGAGUGUGGAGUAAGGGCAAAGUCAGUCCAAAAGCAUUUAUACAUUUGUUGUAGAAUGCAUUGCAUGCUUCUAUUUGUGCAGGAAAUUGUCACAAAGCCAUGUAAAGACAGUCCUGUGGAGCUGAGAUACUGUCUCAAUCUGUCCACUGCUGUUUUCAUUUUGUAGGCAAAUGGAACCACGCUUUAGACUGAUGUAGGGCUUGGGCCGUCUUUCUAAGUUUGAUUUGGUCUUAACUCUUUUUCUGAAAAUCAAAUAGAAUAAGGGAUGGGGACACAAAGUCUUUGGUUCUUGUUAUUAGAAGAAACUGCUUAGAACAAGGCAGUAGGAAUUGAAAGUAUGACCGACCCAUUUAAAGUGGGUAAAUGUCGUGCUCGCUUCGGCAGCACAUAUACUAAAGUGGGUAAAUGUAAGCUUGUGAGAGCACAGAUGAUAACCAUAUUUCUGUGUCUCCAUGGCACCCAGCACAAUGCUGUGUACAUGGCAGUUUCUAGAUCGUAUGCCUAGGAAGUCACAAAGACACCAGUGUGCUAGUGAGAGCUCCUGUAGUCCUCACUAUAGAGAGGACAUGAUUCGCAUAAUAGUGGCCUUUGGACUUACCAGGAAAUAUUAGUGCUCUUUGAUAAUAAUUGGGUAUAGAAAAAUUCCAGUUUUAUGGUAUUCCAUCAGGUUUUCAUUUGAAGAAGUCUUAAUGGUUAGAUUUCAAGGCUACAAAGUAAAUUGCGUAUCAAAAAUGUUAGUAAAAUCUUAAAAAUCAACCCAAAAGAAAAUUCAACCACUUGAUUUUUAUGCUUUGGGUAUGUGUCAUUGUUUGAGAUUCCACACUCUUAUUUACCCAUUUUGAUAAGUGCCUUUGAUGUUUUAAGAUGUAUGGUGGAGAUGAGCAAAUGUAAAUGCCAUGUGCCCUGGUCUCUAGCUUCUGAGUUCUUCCUCACCAUUUUCACCAAUGUUACACAGUUUAGGACAUUGUGUUCAUAUCAGAUCUGUAUUUGUAGCCCCUCCAUAGUAAACAAUAAACUAUUUCAUAGAAAACAAAA